AUGGAAAUCUGUGAGGCUCCGGCACUCAAGGAGACGGAUGUAGAGUACCUCAAUCCCCAUCAAGUGCAUGGGCACUUGCAGUGGGCAAGGCCGAUCUCCUUGAAACUGUUUCCAAGCUGCAUACGACGCCAGCGCUUGGUUCUCCAAUGGAGUCCAACGCGGCAAUCAUCACCAUUAUAUUUGAAGGCAUUGGAUGAGUUAAACUCGUUCACAUCAUGGAUUCCCUUCGACCAAAGCUAUGGAAGCACUCUUACAAUGUCCGUUCUCCCUAACGACGAGAUUUUUCGAUGCCGGACAUCCACGAGCACAGGUCUCUCCCAGUUUUUAGUCAACAACGUCGUCUGA